AAGAUGGAUCCAUAGCUCAGCAAAUGGCAGAUGCUGCUUCCCACGUUCUCAAAAGCUGUCUUUCAGCCAUGCCAUCAGUGAAAAAAAACCCAGUUGGACAUAGCCUACAUAGGUCCAAACCCUUCUUGUGGGUUACCAAAUGGGUUGAUUACUCCAAUAAAUAUGGUUUUGGUUAUCAGUUAUCUAAUCGCAGCAUCGGUGUACUGUUCAAUGAUGGAACUCAUAUGAGUCUCUCCACUGACAGAAGGAGUGUGUUUUAUUACCUCAAUAACCACCAGCAUUUUUCCUUCUCUGCCUCUGCAAUUCCAGAGCAGCUAUUGAAACAGAUGACAAUUGUCCAGUAUUUUGCCAAUUACAUGGAAGAAAAUUUGAUGGAGGGAGGCGACUUGCCCAGAACAUUCCUUGAAGAUUGUCAUGAUCCAUCUUUGUUCCUGUUGCAGUGGGUUAAAACUGAUCAUUCCCUAUUGAUGCUGUUCAACAAUGGCACUUUACAGGUUAACUUUUAUCAUGAUCACACAAAGCUCAUUUUGUGCAAAGCUGACCAUUCUUAUCUACUUACUUACAUCAACAAAGAUCGUGUAGCCUGCACGUACAAACUGAGUACUAUAAUGGAACUGGGCUGUUCACAAGAACUGUACCAUCGUCUGACAUAUACACUGAAACUGUUGCAGUAGCAACAGAAGGUAAACCACAUAUGAAUCAAUCUUCCUCUUGAAGAGGAGAGGAAAAUAACAUUACCUCUACUAAGGACUUUUACAGGGUGCAAAAUAUUGAACCAUUGGCAAGAAAAGCUGCUGUUUAAUUUGGAGGAGUGGAAUCUAAAGUCAAACUAUUGGUGGUUUAUAAUCUUGCGUCUGUUUAAAUGUCACUAAUGAGAAGAAUGUGUUAGCACACGUGAGCUGUUAUUGAAGUUUAUUUUUGUUUUGUUUUCCACUCCCUCAAUGCUAGAGAGCUUGAAGAAUUUGUGGGUUGUGAAAUUUGCCACAGCUUCUUAAUUACUACCCUGAAAUCAGCUUUUUUUAAAAUUUAAGUUUAUGCUCCAGUGCAGCUAUGUUGUUUUCUGGUGGUUUUUGAUUGGUUUUUUGUCUCUAAAUCUCCUGAUUACUGGUAUGGAAAACCAAAUCUUGUGAUCUCUCCCCACUUCCUCUCAAGGCAAGCUUGCUGUAUCUUUAACAAGUGACUCCUUUUAUUGAGUUUGCUAAGUCUUCAGCUUUUAAGAAAACGCUGCUUCCUCUAUCUUGGUAAGAAUGUUUUGCAGAAUGCAGUAGGCCCAGAACCAUUUCAAAACUGAUUAACUUGGGUCAGAUUAUGUUGAAAAUGCAAACAGUGGGAAUGGCAUAUGGUUUAUUGCAGAUGGAAUGCAGUAUAAAUGCACAAUGCAUUGCUAGUUCAUUAAACCAGGAUCUGGAUGGGCCAGAAUUGAUCAACCUUCUCUUCUUUGUUUUCUUGGUGCCAUGAGCAAUGUUUUAUUUUCUUUGAAAGCAAACUGUCCUAGCUUUCUUAACCAAAGCCUGUACACUUCAACUUAGUAAUGUUUCUUUUUUGAAAAUGCUCAAAACUGGUUGUCUUUCAAAGAAAAUCCUGGUUUAAUACAACUCUAAUGGCCUUUUGAUGAUGGUUUCUGACUUUUUUUUUCUGGUGCUUGUCUUUAGAUUUUUGUGAUUUGGCAACAGCAGUCUGCUCUCCAAUAAUGCCCUUUCCUUUUUUUGUGUGGGGUCUGAAGGAAGAGGUUGGCAGUUUAUGACCAGCCUGUUUUCUGAUUCCAUACAAACUAGAUAUGCAGUUUAAGGUAACUGUUUGUUUUGUUUUUUUUAUAUAAUGGAAUUGUGGUUCCAUGUUGUAUGUACUACUAAACUGACAUUUGUUGCAAUAUCAAAACAGCAGUUGUAUCUAGGCUAUUUAGUUAUCUUAACUACUUCAUUGACCGCAAACUUUUUUCUUUUGCCUUUUUGAUAGUUGGGAGAAACGAGACUACCCUAAUAUCCAGCAGAUCAAGACCAAAACCUUUUUUUAGUUUUAAUCCUAGUGUGGUAUUCCUAAAAACUUUCUUCCAUAUCAAUAGAAAAUUAUAAAUUGGAAAACUUAAAAUUUAAUUGCUGUUUCAGGGUAGUGGGGAAGGUGGCACAACUGAGGAUGUAAAUCCUGAUGUUCAGCUCAUUCCUAUCUUUAUGCCUCUGAAGUCUAUAGAUUCAAAAGUAUUUAAUAAAUCUGGUCUUAUUUAUGUUCAUGAAAGUAUUGAAUGAGCCUAUUUAUUUUUGUAUUUAUUAUUUAUUUCCUUGUUUUUAAGGAUAACCAUGCAAUUGAAAUUGUGAAAAAGUUGUAAGAUUUUUUUAAUUAUCAAAUAAAGUUUGUUUUUCUUCAAA